AUGAAGACAGAGAUAAAUAUACUUAUGAGCAUAUUGUUGGACGGCAAUAUCAAUAAUAUUAAUAAUAAUAUUUAUUGUAGUGAUCAUGAAGUUGAUGGUAGUAUUAGUAUCAUUGAUAGUUGUGAUUUAUCACUAGAUACUUCAUCAAUUAGUAAUAACAACAAUGAUGAUAACAAGGAUAACAAAGAUACCAACAACAUCAAUAACACUGAUACCACCAACAACAAAGACACCAACAACAACAACAAAGAUACCAACAGCAGCAAUAACACUGAUACCACCAACAAAGAUACCAACAACAACAACAACAACAACAACAGCUUCUAUUGUGAUAAACACAAUAGGAAGCAGAACUUCAUUUGUUAUAAUUGUGGGACAUUGUCUUGUCAGUUGUGUUUGUCCUUGAGUCACUAUGGUCAUAAGUUUGAACAUAUUAAGAAUAUCAAAUACAACAUCGACAAUGAGAACUACCAGGCAUUAUGGUGUGGACAACGACUGGUGCAUCUACAAAAGAUAAUGCAACAGUGUGGCGACACCUAUGAAUCCUUGUCCAAGACACAUGCAGAGAUAUCCAAUCAGUUUGAACAACUGUUCAAGUUGUUAAUGGCAGAGGAGCACAGGAUCAAGUCGGCGAUCAACGAGAAGAUGGCGCACAUCGAGUCCACAAUCAACGAUAUCGUCAAUGAGAUCUGCGACUUCGAGGCCAUUCUCAAAAAGUCGCUCGUGAUCGAUGGACCUAAACUUGCUCAAUCCAUAAAGGUCAUCGCAUCCUGCCCAUCCAUAGAUCAGUUCAUUGAUACAUCAUUAUCCUUUAGACCUGAUGACAAAGAGGCAGGAGCGGGCAAAGAGUUACUCACUGACAAUGAACUGUUGGCCAUGAUUAAGAAUCACAAACUGCACAUGGACCUCGUCCCAUAUGGUCCUGUAUCAAUUCUUCGUCUCAGACCUUGGACAAUUCGUACAGAUGAAGACAAGAUAUACGACAUCAAGAAGAAGGUCAAGACAAUAUUUGAGUUGGUGGCACCAUCCGCAGCUACCGGACUAGUUGCACAGACUAAUAGAUCACUGGUCAAUCAUGUUUUAUCUUUGGGUUGCAGAGAAUACUCAAUGUUCUCACUCCAAUCAAUGAAGUGGUCAAUAAUUAGGAAGGAAACGAGCGGCCCUUGCAGAAGUGUUCAAACAGCAAUCGUCUAUGCAUCUGGUAGUGCCUACAUCUUUGGAGGAAGACAGCAUCCAUCCAACUACUGUAAAUACACUUUGGCUACAAAUACAAGCACCUAUUAUCCCAUUAAUGGAAUCAUUGGUUGCAGAUCUAUCUCUGCAUGCCACGACGGCGACAAGCACAUAUAUAUCAUUGGAGGAGAGCACGAGAGCAAGACCUUGAAUAGAGUUGAUUGCUUUAACAUUGAGACGGUGCAGUUCAAUGAAGUUGGUAACAUACCUGUUGGCCUCUUUCAAUCAUCAACAUACUUUCUCAUUGACACCUUGUACAUUGUAGGUGGUAUAAUGAACGAUAACUAUUAUCACCUUGAUAUCAUCUCAUUCAAUGUGAGAACACAUGUAUCAACUGUCAUUGUCAAGGAUGUCGGUGGCGGAGCACCUGUCCUAUCGAGUUGCUUUGAUGGAUCAGACAACAUAUUCAUUCUCACAGACAAGGAGCUCAUCAGCUAUUCAUUGUCCAAUCAACAAUCUACAAAACUUGCUAAACAUCCAACUGAUGGAAAACACGUUCAUCGAAUCAUCUAUGACGGAAUGUUUGGAAUACUCUACAUUGGAGGCAAGGGCAUGAACUAUCGAUACUCUGAGGAGAAGUGGACACUCCUUGAAGACAACGAUCAUAUUCCCAAUCGAAAUAUGCUUGGUGCAUGUUUGAUACACGAC